ACUUUCACAAAGAUUCCUCGCGCUUUCAAAGAUUCCUCUUCUCUCUCUAGAAAAGACUUCAAAAACCAAAAUCCCUCACCGUUCGUUCUUAUCCAACAACCCAUCUUCAUCUCUCUGCGUCUCAGAUCCAAACAAGUUUUGUUUUUGUCUCUGAUGAAAUUCGGGAAAGAGUUUCGAACCCACCUCGAAGAAACGUUACCAGAGUGGAGAGACAAGUUCCUUUGCUACAAACCCUUGAAGAAGCUUCUCAAGUACUACCCUCACCCUCCCCCCUCCUCCGCCGACGAUUCCCCUCACAUCGACUCCCGUCAGGUCUUCGCCGACACCACUAACUUAUCUCCUUCCGCCGCAGCGGAUGACGACGACGACGCUGCAAGGCCUGCGGAGGAUCUCCAGGGUUCGUUCGUGAGGAUACUCAAUGAGGAGCUCGAGAAAUUUAACGACUUUUACGUCGAUAAAGAAGAAGACUUUGUUAUCAGAUUACAGGAGCUGAAGGAGAGAAUAGAGAAGAUUAAGGAGAAGAACUGUAAGAAUGGGGAGUUCGCUUCAGAAAGCGAGUUCAGUGAAGAGAUGAUGGAUAUUCGCAGAGACCUUGUCAGUAUUCAUGGCGAGAUGGUUCUCCUUAAAAACUACAGCUCCCUAAACUUUGCAGGACUUGUCAAAAUUUUGAAGAAGUAUGACAAAAGAACAGGAGGACUUCUUCGUUUGCCUUUCACACAGGUUGUUCUCCAUCAACCCUUCUUUACUACUGAGCCACUUACCAGGUUAGUCCGUGAAUGUGAGGCCAAUCUUGAGCUUCUCUUCCCAUCCGAAGCCGAAGUUGUUGAGUCUUCUAACGCUGUCUCAUCCUCACAUCAAAACAACUCACCGAGAAUCUCAGCUCAGACUUCUUCGACUCUCGGAGAUGAAAAUCUCGAUAUAUACAGGAGUACACUCGCUGCAAUGAGAGCCAUACGAGGGUUGCAAAAGGCCAGCUCGACCUACAAUCCUCUAUCAUUCUCUUCGCUUCUUAAGAACGAGGAUGAUGAGACUGUAACUGCUGAAAACUCUCCAAACUCUGAGAAUCUGCAGAGCAAAGAUGAAUCAGAUAAGGAAGACAAUGGACCUUCCCCCUGAUGCCUCCUUGUUGUGAUCAAGAUUUUGAGAAUUUGCUUCUUCUUAUCACCCUGACAUGUCCUAAAGUAUUAACACAUUUCAAUCCCUGUUUAGUUUUCUUUACAUUUUGCAGCUCACAGCUUUUGUAAUGCUUUUGAACUGUAGAAGAACAACAGCACUUUAUAAAUCUUCAAUAAUUUUGUCCUUCA